UCCUGCUUCUUCCUCUAUCCAACCGCUGCUGCUGGUGAUUUCGUGUUAGUUGGGCGCUGUAGCCACAGCGAGACGCAGACCGAGGACGUCAGUGGCUUUUCACGGCACAAACCCCGAGACAGCCACUGUAUUAUCCCAUCCAAAAUCACAGCAAUGCGCAGGAAAUCUAGGGUAUUAUUAUGUUUCGCUGUGCUUUGGGUUCUAGGCAUAGCAUAUUAUUUCUAUUCGGGGACAACGCUGAGUCGAAAGGAUGACUGGAGUGGCAUUAAUUCAAACAGAAUUCAAUCACACAGCAAUGCAGAUGACAAAGCCCACAGCCUAGAGACCCUUCCUCCAGGGAAGGUUAGGUGGCAGGACUUUGACCAGGACCUGUACGUGGGAGCUACAGUGGUGAGGCCAGGGCAGGAUCCCUACGCCCGCAACAAGUUCAACCAGGUUGAGAGUGACAAACUCAGAAUGGACCGCAGUAUCCCUGACACCAGACAUGACCAUUGUCGUCACAAACAGUGGAGGACAGAUCUUCCUGCUUCCAGUGUGGUUAUCACUUUCCACAACGAGGCCCGUUCAGCCCUGCUGCGCACUGUGGUCAGUGUGCUGAAGAAGAGUCCUUCUCAUCUGGUCAAAGAGAUCAUCUUGGUGGACGACUACAGUGACAGCCCUGAAGAUGGUGCCUUACUUGGGAAAAUCGAGAAAGUCAGAGUCUUACGGAACGAUCGUCGAGAGGGCUUGAUGCGAUCCCGAGUCAGAGGGGCGGAUGCGGCCACGGCCAAUGUACUAACCUUCCUUGACAGCCACUGCGAGUGUAAUGAACACUGGUUGGAGCCCCUGCUAGAAAGGGUUGCUGAGGAUAAGACUCGGGUUGUGUCGCCUAUCAUAGAUGUCAUUAACAUGGACAAUUUCCAGUAUGUGGGGGCAUCUGCAGAUCUUAAAGGAGGUUUUGAUUGGAAUCUAGUUUUUAAAUGGGACUACAUGACCCUGGAACAAAGACGAGCACGGCAGGGAAACCCCAUUGCUCCUAUCAAGACUCCCAUGAUUGCUGGUGGCCUCUUUGUAAUGGACAAGAACUACUUUGAGGAGCUGGGCAAGUACGACAUGAUGAUGGACGUGUGGGGCGGUGAGAAUCUUGAGAUCUCAUUCCGGGUCUGGCAGUGCGGAGGCAAUCUGGAGAUCAUUCCCUGCAGUCGAGUGGGUCACGUCUUCCGGAAACAGCAUCCAUACACUUUCCCAGGGGGCAGCGGCACUGUCUUUGCCAGGAACACAAGGCGAGCGGCAGAGGUUUGGAUGGAUGAUUUUAAGAACUUCUACUACGCUGCUGUGCCCUCAGCCCGUAAUGUGCCCUAUGGCAACAUUCAGAGCCGGCUGGAAAUGAAGAAGAGGUUGGGCUGCAAACCAUUUAAGUGGUACCUGGAGAACGUCUAUCCUGAGCUACGGGUCCCUGAUCAUCAGGACAUAGCCUUUGGAGCACUACAGCAGGGUCAGAACUGUCUGGACACACUGGGACACUUUGCUGACGGCGUGGUGGGGGUGUAUGAGUGCCACAAUGCAGGGGGCAAUCAGGUACCAAUCCGAUCUCAGGAAUGGGCCCUGACUAAAGACAAAUCAGUCAAACACAUGGACCUUUGCCUGACGGUGGUGGAUCGCACCGCUGGCUCACAGAUCAAACUGCAGGGCUGCAGGGAGAACGACAACAGACAGAAAUGGGAGCAGAUCGACAACAACUCCAAACUGCGGCAUGUGGGCAGCAAUCUGUGCCUGGACAGCCGGAGCGCACGGAACGGAGGCCUGACGGUGGAAGUGUGCAGCCCGUCGCUCACCCAGCAGUGGAAGUUCACUCUCAAUCUGCAGCCGUAGCUUGACACGCCGAUCCCAGCCCUCCCCUUCUCGCCCUCGGACAGCCCGUGCUGGGCACGCACUCGCCCCUCAGAGAUAAUCGCUGCCCAGAUACAGACUCAGGGCCGCCACGGUGCGGUCUGGUGGUCCUCGAGGGCCACGGGGCAAUGAAAACACAAACAAGAUGAUGACUAUUUCCAUCUAACUAUAUACCUCACUGUUUCAUCUGUUGUCCAGCGUUUGGAAAGUGAAUCUUAAGCGUCUAAACUGUAUCGAAACCAUGUUUGGGAUUUUCUUUUCCAUUUUUCGUCUUUCUUAAUUUUUGCCUUUUUGUCUCGUUUUCUUGAAUUCCAGCUCCUUUUUUUUUUUUUUUUUUUUCUCUUUUUUCUGGACAUCCAUUCUUUUAUUUUUCUAGUCACGUUACCAAUAUUGUUGAAUGUAAAUUACGUUUCAUGGAGGCUCCCUUCCUGCGCUGUGAUUGGACUGGAUUUUAGUUUGGGUUUGGUUUAAUUUGUGGGAUCGAGGGGAGGACUCAUUUGUUGUGUGCACCGUCACAGACACACGUUGUGGAGGACAACGGCAGCCUCGUGUUUCUCGGCUCGCGGUGCUCACUCAAAAAGAGCGGGGAAAAAAAUCGAGACUUUUUUUUUUUUUUUCUAGUUUCUAUUAAAUUGUCAAUCUGUCGUUUUCUGUUAAAGGUGCAAUGUGUAAAGAUUCAACCCGUUUCCUGUAAGGGCCCCUGGUGUGUUCUGAAGGAGAACCGAGACAUUGUACAGAACGUGACUGCUGGAUUCACAUACUGUAGCACUGGCUGCUAACAAAUCAGUAUCUAAAACAUGUCUUCAAACACAAACAAAUGUUUCUCAGCCACAUUUUUCACUCUAAUAAUUUAUUUCUUAAUUCUGUGUAGCCUUUUUUUCUUCGCCAAGUGUAUUACGUAAACAAAUCAUGUUAAUAACCUGCUAACUCCAAGCAGAGGCUGAUCUGAAGCUUUGCUCCUGCUUUCUUGGGAUUCGAGCAAAGAUGGAUGUGUAUUACUCCUCAUCUUCCAUGAUUUCUUCUGACUUUGACAUCAUAACAUGGCCGUUGGAAAAGCUUCUUUCCUGCCUCCUUAAAGUCAUGGAUCUUUUAUUCGCAAGAUCGAUCUUGAUCCUCAGCAGCCGUGGCCAAACAUGGCACAUUAUAUCACUACUUGAGCAUCCUUCUUCUUUUCAUGAUUAAAAGUUACUGCCUUUGUUAUCCAUGAUACUGUAAGGAAAAUGUGAGUUGUUUUGUGUGUGUGUGUGUGUGUGUGUGU